AUGGAUAUUGACGGCUUCACUACCACCUCAGGGCGGAGGAGUGCUAAGGACCAGGAUCGAGACAGCCAUGAUUUAGAUCAACUGACGGCACUGCAGGAGUUCAUGGGCUUGCCGGGUGACACGGACCCUCAGGGCUAUGCAGACGUGCCUAGAUGUAGGAGUGAGGACCUCGUCUGCAAUUUUGCUGGGCACCAGUUGCGUGCCCUGGGCCGAUCACAGGGGCUGCUGGUAUUAAUUGGCCGUGUUUCCAGGGAUUCAGAGGGUCAUCUGGCCUUCCCCAAGGGUGAGGCAGUCAAGACGACAUCAGGUCCAGAACGGCUGCGCUUUGAGGUGGCCUUUGCUGUCAUCAUGGCUGUUGCAAUCUCCACCGUCGCCCACUGCUUCACCAUGUCCAAGGUGGUUGACUGCAACAGCAGCGGGACAUGUGUCAUCACAUUGGAAGAUUUCAUUGUCACCAUCGUCAGUAAGAGAGCCCAGCAGACUGGACCUAAGGGCGCCCUCACAGAGAAGAAGCCUCUUCUCAAACUUCAGCCUUGUGGCAAGCUCUUGUCCUCGCUCACUUAA